GUGUAUUUGCCAGCUUCGUUCUCGUCGUCCUGCUGACCGCACAAGAAUUGGUUUGCUACGAAAUUGUGUCAAGACGUGAAACGCUACCCGAUGAAGACGAUAGUAUCUUUUCUACUGUUGAGUUUAGUAUUCCCCGUAGACGUACUCUCGGAACCAGCUCCGUAUUUCUUUUUCGGAAGCAAAACUCUUGCCAAUAAUUCCUACGUGAACGUCAGUCCAGUGGGGGACCACGACAGUGGCAGAAACAGCGUUCAAUGUCGCACUGAUGUUGGGACAUGUUGCAGCGACACAGAGGGUAACUACCGCGCAGACUGGUAUUUUCCCAACGGAACGAAAGUGAAAUUCGUGGAAUUUGGUGAUGACAUCUUUGAGUCUCGUGGAGCGCAGAGAGUUGACUUGCGCCGCAGGGAAAAUGCCGUGUCUCUCACAGGGGGAAUGUACCGCUGUGAUAUUCCUACCGCUAGAAAUGGCAAUCGAAGCAUCUACGUUGGAUUAUAUCCCUCCAGUGAAGGUAAGUUAUUAACAGGUAAACAGAGAUGAGCACUGAGUUGGCUGAGUUCUAAACCUCUAUGUCACAACUACAGCUGUAUAAUGCUAAAAAUUAACAAGAUAGCUACCCAGUAAUAUCCAACAUGCCUCUACAGGUAAGGUGAAAGUCAACAAACUUGUGAGAUUUGACCCCGACAAGCUGACCCUUACUUGUAUCUCCAUUGGUGGACCUGCAACUACUGUCAAUUGGACCAGAGACUCCACCAAUGUAGUAGAAGGAUACGUGACUGUACUGAAUGAUGCAUCAACGGCAAAUUACACCCAUACUUUGUCAGUGACUAAGCCAGGAAUGUAUAGAUGUAAAGUGUCUAAUAACAAGCCAUCAUCUGCAUCAUCAGACUAUAUCACUCUAACAGAAACAAAGCCUCCGAAUAAAGUGGCAGCAUCUGCAUUCCCAACAACCACACAUCUAUUCAUGUUUGGAACCCAUCCAGUGAUGCCAAAGGCUACCUUAUCCACUACAACAGUACUAGAGGAGACAGCAGUACUGCCAUCAUUACUGGGGGUUCCACUCAGAGUUUCACUCUCAGUAACCUUCAGAGCGGAUAUAACUAUACAAUAUUUGUUGUAGCCACAUCGGGGAACCUUCCCAGUGAAAUGAUCAGAGCUCCUGAGGAUGUUACUCUAGGAUGUCCAGAUGGUCCCGAUAAAGUGUGGGAUAUUGUAUGGCCCAUCACAGCAGCUCAGACAAAUGGCACCCAGACCUGCCCCCAUGCCACUGGGAAUGCAACUAGGGAGUGCUCUCUAACCGGUAGUUGGGGAGUUGCAAACGUCAUGUCGUGCUUAUCAGAGGAAAUUGCUCUUGUUCAGAGGAG